AGCUUGUUUAGCUGCUAUAGGCGAAUUACUGAAGAGUCAGUAAUAAAUGUAGUGAGGGAUGAAGUUAUAAAAAUAUAAUUAGACAGAAUACAUAUGUUGAUGAUCGUAAUAAUGCGUUGUCCUAGGCCAAGUGAUGUCACACUGUUAUAAGUUUGUAUGCUUAACAAACCUUGAAUCAUUAGUAGAUAAGUCUGAAACAAGUUCCUAAUCCGUGACUGGCGAAAGGAUGUGGCAUGUUUCUGGAUCGUACUGCUCCUGUGCCAAGAGCUAUGGACUGACCCGAUCGCAGAGAUAGGACCAUCCUCUGGCAUCCUGAUUCAAGAGACACCAAGGUUCAUCUUGACAGAAGAGGAUCCUGACCCGACGUGUGUUCGUCAGCUUGGACCCCAAGAUUUCCAUCGAGAAGGCAUACAAAAUUUCAUCAAUGCAGCUUCCUGAGUUACAGACUUGGUACCAGAUGCACCUCCGAAGUGCACAGGACCAUGUGCGAAACAUCUUGGAGCAAGCCCGGAAACCAUUUGUAUCCAGUACUAUUUCAAUGAGCAACUGA